GUGCAAUGACAGCACGUCGCAAACCAGAUUACACAAUUCACGCUUACGAGAUACCACGGCAAAGACGAAGACACAAGUCUGUAGAGAGAUACACAAGUCUGACAGGUAAAUUCGUCAACAAUCAAACAUGAUGAUGACCUCCUGGCUACAAAUCCUCGCUGUCCUCGCCCUGGGUGCACGUGCAGCUGUACCAGAGGACGAGAUCACAGAGUUGCCCGGAUUGAGUCGACUCCCCAGCUGGAAGCAGUACUCUGGCUUUCUGAAGGCCUCGGGAACCAGGAAGCUGCACUACUGGUUUGUUGAGUCUCAGAGCUCCACUCCGAAGACGGACCCAGUUGUUCUGUGGCUGAAUGGAGGACCCGGAUGUAGCUCCCUGCUAGGACUCCUCACUGAGAAUGGGCCGUUUAAGAUAGCCACUGACGGGAAGACGGUGGAGUACAAUCCAUAUAGCUGGAACGCGAUCGCCAACAUGCUGUUUCUCGAGGCCCCUGCAGGUGUUGGGUUCUCCUACAGUGACGACAGAAACUACGCCACAAAUGACGAUGAGGUAGCCCUCAAUAACUACCUAGCGUUGAAGGAUUUCUUCAUGAAAUACCCUGAGUACAUAGCCAACGACUUCUAUAUCACCGGGGAGAGCUACGGAGGCAUCUACGUGCCGACACUCAGCGCACUCGUCGUCGACGACCGUGAUAUCAACUUUAAGGGGUUUGCAGUUGGGAAUGGCGUCACUGACGCCAUCAUGAGCGACAGCUCUCUGGUCUACUUCUCCUACUACCACGGCCUCAUCGGGGACAUCACGUGGAGCCUCCUGAUGACUCAUUGCUGCAAGGGUCAGGAGAGUCGCUGCAACUUCUUUGACCAAAUCUCCAAUGACACCAACUGCAAGAGAGCGCUGUUCGAAACCUACCAAGCAGUUCUCGGCAGCGGCCUCAACAUCUACAACCUGUACGGAGAGUGCGUGAACACGGCGCCAGGACUGACAUACGACGUCAACACAGACACCUACAUCUCCUCCAACUUCGGAUGGUUUCUGCCACACUCACCCCAAGUGCAAGACGAAAUCAGAAUGAUACAGAAUCUCCCAUCUGAGAAGCUCCGGAUGACGCCACCCUGUCUUAAUGACACGAACAUCCUUGUAUACCUGAAUCAGCCGCAGGUGCGCCGAGCUCUGCAUAUACCGGACUCUGUCCAACGCUGGGACACUUGCAGUGGAGCGGUCGGGCAGGGCUACACCACCAUCUACAGGACGGUGAGGGAGCAGUACCUAAAGGUCCUCAACGCAAAGAAGCGAGUGUUGGUGUACAACGGCGAUGUGGACAUGGCUUGUAACUUCAUGGGAGACGAAUGGUUUGUCGACUCGCUGGAACAGAAGUACGCUCAGUCCCGUAAGCCAUGGUACUACACCGCCGCCGACAAGACAAAACAAGUGGCUGGAUUCGCCAAAGGGUUCGAGAAUCUCGUGUAUGUGACCGUCAGGGGAUCUGGCCACACGGUUCCUACAGAUACACCCGUACCAGCUCUUGUCCUGUUUACCAACUUCAUUAAAAACAUUCCUUUCUAGAACAAAUAAUCUUAAGCAUUGCAUCAUUAAUCAUAAAAUUAUAAGCUAUUUGCAAAUGUAUGAUUUUCGAGACCUAGAGAAGUUGAAGAGCCAGUACUGACAUAGCCAUGUUCAACAUAAUGGCAGGCGAAUUGUUAUUUUAGGCAGUGGCAUAGUAAUGUGACGUCAUGGGAGAAAACAUAGCAACAACCACUAAAUAAAAAUGGGUUUUCUCAAACCACAUCAUUAACUGCAACAGCACAACUUUAUGUAGAAGAAAGUACAAUAUUAUUAAACUAACUCUAUAAGAAAACUGGCACUUCAAAUCCGCUGACAAAAGCCCCCAUUAAACAGAUAUCAAGUAUGCCUCAUCCAAUUUGUAAACAAUGAUUUGAUAAAACAGCGCACUCUACCAGGAUAAGGCAUACUUGAUAUCCGUUUAAUGAGGGCUUUUGUCGGCAGAUUUGAAGUGCCAGUUUUAAGGAGUUUGUUUAAUAAGACUGUACUUUGUUCUACAUUAAGUCAUCUUCUCAUAUGCUAUCGGCUUUGUAUGUGUUGUAUGUUUUGUAACCCAUCACUAACUGAUGGUCUUCUCCGGCUGUCACAGUAUUAAUCAGACACAUCCAUUGUUGUUACUAAUCCCUUUCAUGCAUACCUGUCACGAGAGCUUUAAUACAGCCUGGCUUCAGUUAUGUGAACUAUGUGUAUGUUAGACCGAGUAUUGGCUGUACCAGACGAGCCAAUCAGAAAGCUUGUAACAAGUGGUAAUCGAAUAAGAAUGGCUGACCCUAAAGAUAUGUUGUUCUGAACUAAUAUUCAAAUAAGAUAUAACAACAAAUAAAACAAUACUCUUACA